AUGCCUAGAGAUCCCUUGAUUGGUAUUGUUGGAAAGCCUAGCAGUGGUAAAUCUACCACUUUAAACUCUUUAACCGAUGCUUCAGCUGCGGUCGGUGCAUUCCCAUUUACAACAAUUGAUCCUAAUAAAGCUACUUCCUAUUUACAAGUUGAUUGUGCUUGUGGGAGAAAAACAUCCAAAGAUAUUUUACAAAAAAAUGGAGUAAAUGUUUCAGAAGUUACCUGCAAACCUAAUUACGGUUGGUGUGAAAAUGGGAAGAGACAUAUUCCUAUUAUGUUACUAGAUGUUGCUGGGCUAGUUCCGGGCGCCCAUAUGGGGAGAGGUUUGGGUAAUAAAUUUUUGGAUGACUUGCGUCAUGCUGAUGCAUUAAUUCAUGUUGUUGAUGUGAGUGGUACCACUGAUGCAGAAGGGAAAAAUACUAGGGGAUACGAUCCAAUUAAAGAUAUUGACUGGCUACAAGAUGAAAUUAGGCUGUGGAUCGAAGGAAAUUUGAAAAAAAGAUGGGGUAGUAUUGUGAGGAGACAUACAGCAACGAAAAGUAGCAUAGUCGACACAUUACAACAACAAUUUGGUGGGUAUGGUUCUCAUGCGCCAAUGAUCCAGGCAGCAUUGGCAAGAAUAGAUGGCCUACCACCUCUAGAAGAAUGGGAUAGUGACUGGAUUACCAAAGUGGUUAAAUCAUUUAUGUUGGAAAAAUUUCCCACAGUUUUGUCUUUAAAUAAAAUUGAUCAUCCAGAUGCAGACAAAAAUGUUUCAAAAAUCAUAUUGAAAUACCCUGAAACAAAGACUAUUCUAACAAGUGCAAUCACUGAAGUAUUUCUAAGAAAGUUGAAAAAACAAGGAUUCAUCAAGUAUGAAGAAGGUACGGAGUUUGUUGAUACAUAUGAGGAUGAUCCGUCUUUGAAGCCGCUAGAUGAUAAGCUACUAAACCGUAUUGAAAAUAUAAGAGAUUUGGUGUUGUACAGAUUUGGUUCAACAGGGGUCAUGCAAGUUUUGCAAGCGGCUGCUUUGGAUACUUUAAAUUUGGUUCCUAUUUACACGGUGAAAAAUAUCAACACAUUUUCCAAUGAAAACAAGACACAAUAUAUUUUUAGAGAUUGCUUUUUAGUGAAAAGAGGUACUCCUGUGGGUAAAGUGGCUAGAUAUAUAAUGGGGGAGGUCACAAUAGCAGCAAUUGAAACAACUGGUGGAAUACGUGUUAGUGCAGAUGACACUGUAGAUGUUGGUAAAAAUGAUAUACUUUCAUUUAAAUUGGCUCCAAAAUCUAUAUAA